AGACAGUUACUAAUUUGAAAGUGUCUUGUAAAUAAGUAAAAAAAAUAUUUAAUCGGAUUGUGAUAGUUAGUUACACGUAAUUUUAUUUUACAUAUACAGUAAAUAGUAAUGGAUAUGCCAGAAAUUCUUCAAGUGGGCUCGAGUAUUAACAUAAAAAGGACAGAUGGGCGAAUACAUUCAGCGAUUGUUGCCGCUAUCAACGAUGAUUUGCGGUGUGCGACUGUGGAAUGGUUCGAACAGGGUGAAACUAAAGGGAAAGAAAUUGAUAUGGCCGCAAUUGAAUCAUUAAAUCCAGAUGUAGUUAUUCUUAGACAGGGGGAAAAGCCCACUACACAGGACCGGACCAUUACAACACAGGCCCAGUUUAAUAAAUUACAACGGGAUCCCACUAGACAAUCUAUAGCCAGUGUCAAACAAAACAAUGGAAUAAAGUCGGCACAUCAAUCCAGAAUGACCCUGAUUCCUAAUAAUGGUCAUACACUAACAUCUAGCAGUGAACCUAAAGAAAGUAAUAUACCCACAAGCAGGAUGACUGCUGCUCAAAACUCAAGAAGAAGUAAUGUAGUAAAAGAAGUCGAAAAGUUAAAGAAAAAUAGAGAAGAAAGGAGACAAAGGCAAGCUGAAGAAAAAGCAGAAAAGGAGGCAUUUCUUCAAAUGGCUCCAGGCAAUCCACAUUGGGAACUACUUAAUAUGAUAUAUGAAUAUCGCCGUGGAAUUGAUAUAAAGCCACUAACCGAAAAUGAUCCAAUUGAAGACCAUCUAAUUACUGUAUGUGUAAGAAAAAGGCCUUUGAAUAGAAAAGAAGUAGCUAGAAAAGAAGUUGAUGUUAUUACCAUACCAAGUAAAAAUCAAUUGAUCGUACAUGAACCGAAAAAUAAAGUAGACUUAACCAAAUAUCUUGAAAAUCAAUUAUUCCGAUUUGAUUAUGCCUUUGAUGAAUCCUGCUCAAAUGAACUGGUUUAUAGGUACACGGCACAACCAUUGAUAAAAACAAUAUUCGAGGGAGGUUUUGCCACUUGCUUUGCAUACGGUCAAACAGGAUCCGGCAAGACGCAUACCAUGGGUGGUGAUUUCAGCCAGGGCAAAAAUCAAAACUGUCAAAGCGGUAUCUACGCGAUGGCUGCCUCAGAUGUUUUCCGAUUGGUGAAUUCCUCAAAAUAUAGAAAUUUGAAUCUCGUGGUAUCUGCUAGUUUUUUUGAAAUAUAUUCAGGUAAAGUUUUCGAUCUACUGAACAACAAAGCGAAACUCCGAAUAUUAGAAGAUGGAAAACAGCAGGUACAGGUGGUUGGACUGGAAGAGAAGGUAGUUAAUAACGUCCAGGAAGUUCUGGGAUUUAUUCAAAAAGGCAACCAAGCACGCACAUCAGGUCAAACGUUCGCCAACAAUAAUUCAUCACGAUCCCAUGCCGUGUUCCAAAUUUAUUUAAGGUCAAACAACAAUAUGUCAAAGAUUCACGGAAAGUUUUCACUGAUAGAUUUAGCUGGUAACGAAAGAGGUGCUGAUACUUCGUCGGCCAACAGGCAGACAAGGAUGGAAGGUGCAGAAAUUAAUAAAUCAUUAUUGGCAUUGAAAGAAUGUAUCAGAGCACUUGGUCGUAAAGGGGCCCACUUGCCUUUCCGAGUUAGCAAACUUACUCAGUUUAUAUCAGAACUAGAAGUAGCCGAAGAAAAUAUGUUAGACAACCAUAAACAAACCAUAGACGAGCUGGAAGCAACUUUAGUCAAAGCAUCCGAACUGCGACGAAUGGCCGACACAGUAGCGUACGACCAAGAGGCCUACUGUAAGAGCUGGGAAGAGCUCAUCGAUAAUUCUCUCUCUAUUUUGGUUCGAGCAAAAGAGAUAGUCGAGGAUUACAAAGGAAAGUUGGCAGCUGAGGAACAACUUAGCCGCAAAACCACGAAACGAAAGUAAAACCUUUUUACCGAUAUAAUUAUAUGCGCUACCACAUUUGAAACUAUUCUUAACAAAUCUGGGUGAUUUUUAAACCGUCUUUAUUAUUUUAUUGUUAUUUAAACUGUUAAUAUACCUAACGUGUUUGAGGUGGCAGUACUGCCUGUUGUAGGUUUAAAGAGAGUAAUGAUAGUACCAAGUAUCUUGGUUUAAUAUAAUGUUCAUCAAAAAGCGUUUUUCAUACGGAAAAGUUGUUCUAUUUUACUUGUAAAUAUGUUCAAAUUUUAAUUUUUUAUAAUUGUAACGAAAAAACACAAGAAAUAUUUUAGUAUUUAUAAUUUUCAUUUUUUUAGCUCUAAGAACGUUUUUUGAUUUAAGAUAAUUUGAAUUAAAGUAUUGUGUCAAGUUACAUUGAUUCUUUUUCGUUGUUUUACAUAUCAAUGUAUAUAAUGCUAUAUAUAACGACGUUUCAGUUUUUUCUUCAGUUAUUAGCGAUUGUUAUCACCAAGAGAUAUUAAUUAAGAAGCUCUAACCUAAAUAUUUCUACUCUUCGUAAUGUUCACGUGGUUGUAGUAUAAAAAUUUACUCGAUAUCAAUAGAUAUUUUUUAACAAAAGAAUAUCUAGGCAUUAUUUGCUUCACGUCACCUGAAACAGAUGAAACAUUAUUUUUAUUAUAGUUUCUUUGCGUUUAAGGAUAUAUUUUAUUAGGUGCAAGUAUCUUACCACAAGAAAAAAUGUAUGUGGCAAGUCUUGCUAUUGAAAAACUUGUUCAGUAAAGACACUAAACCGUUAAGGAAGCAAUUUGAGUUUCAUCCAAUAGUUGAUGUUAUUUAACGGAGAUUUGUUUUAAAUAUAUUACUAGAAGCGUAAGUUUUAGACACCUUUUUUUGCCUCAGUUGUACAGAAGAAUAUUUUGAUGGGUAAAAAUCUUUAUAAUACUUAUCUUGCUUUGCAUGAAAUAGCACCUUAGUACUUUCCUGAUAGAAUCCUUUUUUCUUGCUGAUUUUUAUUAUAAUAUAUGAUAAUUAUUUCUUUUUUGUUUAUUUAUAUACUUUCAUGUUCUUUUAAACGGCAUACAUAUCAUCAUACAUAUCAUUUUCCCUAUGUUCUAUGAGUUUUCCUUUGAGAUUUACAUCAUAACUCUAGAAUUUCAGUGUUCUAAAUUGUAGAAUGAUAAUUUCGAAAUAUUGUCGUUUGAAAACUCACUCAUUACAAUUCCGUAAUAAAGUUGAUUGUUACAUGCCAUUUGUUAGCAGCAAGAUGAAGCUGGAGUGAAGUUUGAAGUUUAAUUUACUGUAUAUAAAAACUUUGUUAAUAAAAAAAUCUGAAAUUUAGCAAAAUUUUGUGUGCUUUAAUUCUAAGGUACCGAGAUUAUACAUAAACGUCGCACCGCUGUACAUGUUAGACUACUUUUUGUUACAGUACAUCAGAAAUAACUGAAACCGCGAUCUGCGCCAACUUCAGGCAUGACAAAACUUCUGAAGCCACCGCGUUGCCAAAUCAAUAGUAUUUUACACCUUAAAUUUGUAAGCUGCUAACAUAUUAACAUUGAUGCAUACAGUAGUAGAAAUACUAUACCGAUUUUAUAAUAUAUUAAGAAUAAAUUAAUUUAGGGAAGUUAAAAUGUUGGACACAAUUAGUAAAAUGAGUUAUUUGGGAUUUUGCACUUUACCAGAACUCACUAUUGCAGAAGUUACAAGGUUUUCUGGCAAUGCAGCAAGACGACGAAUUUCGGAUCAGCAUCGUACCGAGUAUCGUCUUUUUAAUUUACUGCACAAAUCUCCUUAGCCGUUUUAGCUAUGUUUGUCUAGUAUAGUCAACUCAGUGUUGUUACGUUUGGUACAUUUCUUGAAUUUUUCCUUUAUAUUUCAUUUGGUUAAUAUUGGUAACACGAACACAUUGUUGAUUAAUAUUUUGUAUUAAAAACAAUUUUUCCGUAUGAUUGAAAUUUUGUGAUGGAUUACAGAAAUCAAAUUGUCCAAGCGUACAAGCAAACAAUACCAAAAAUAUGUUUUAUAUACAACAUUUCUAUAAGU